AUGAAAGAAAUAGCUGCUAGAGGUAACAUAGAAGCAGAAGCACUCAUGAAAUACGUGAUUGAUGGAAUUCCGGAAGACACGCAAAGCAGGAUCAUAUUGUACGGAGCUAAAAAAUUGACGGAAUUCAAGGAAAAGAUUAAAGUAUACGAAGCAAUUCGGAAGAAGAAUACUGAGAGGAUGAGAACGAGAGAGAAGAACAACAUACAAAAGAAGACAGAAGAAGCGAGGAAACCAACGACAUCAAAAAGUGGUGAAAAAGAACAAGAGACAGACGUGCGAUGUUACAAUUGCGGCGGUAAAGGACACAAAGCUAAAGACUGCAAGAAGAAAGAAUUAGGUAAAAAGUGUUUUAAGUGUCAAAAAUAUGGGCAUACUGCAAAGUUGUGUAACGCGUCAGACGAUAGUGAAGCGGUAGCGGAUAAAAAGACAGCGGUAAUUAAUACGGUUACGAUUCAUCGAGCGAUAAAAUAUUUAAACGAAUCACGAUAA